UAAAACAGAGACAGAGACAGAGAGAGAGAGAGCAGACCAGCAAAAAAGAAGAGAGGAGGGGAGUCGAGUCGUCUGAGAAAUGGAGAACAAGGCGAUUCUGAGAGAAUGGUUCGACCGAGUCGACUCGGACAAAACUGGAAGCAUCACCGCUGCUCAGCUCAAGAGUGCUCUUGCCGUCGGAAACCUAGAAUUCCCUAUCUCUGUUGUUCAACAGAUGAUCAGGAUGUAUGACUUUGAUAGGAAUGGAACUAUGAGCUUCGAAGAAUUUAUUGCACUCAACAAGUUUCUUCUUAAGGUUCAACAUGCCUUCUCAGACUCGGAGAGGGAUCGUGGAUAUCUUGUUCCUGAUGAUGUUUAUGAGGCGUUGGUAAAAAUUGGAUUCUCACUUGACUCUCCUGCAUUUUACACAGUCUGUGAGAGUUUCGAUCAAAAGAAGAAUGGAAGAUUCCGGCUUGAUGACUUCAUAGCUCUUUGUAUCUUUGUGCAGUCUGCAAGGAAUAUGUUUAAUUCAUUUGAUACAAGUAAGCAAGGCAGGGUCAGUCUCGAUCUCAAUCAAUUUAUAUACUGCACUGCCAAUUGUAGAAUAUGAUGCCAAUUUCUCAACAACCGGUGAAGAUAAGCACAUGCUGUAAAUUGACAGAAUUAUGUUGAUUUUGAUUUAUGGAACGGACCUUAUGUAUUUGUUGUAACAUGUAUUGUCAGGCAUAGAAUAUUUGAGAAAUUCUUUGAGAUGCAGUCUUAUUGGUCAAAUGGCUUGUGUCAUUGAUCUUAGUGUGAUACUUGAUAUUCGGUUCUGAUGUGUUUUGUUUUGGUUGAAUUUUUGCUGUGGUAUAAUACAAUCUCGGUGCUUUUUUAUUUUUUC